UCUAUGUCUGUCACACUCUCCUCUAUCUGUGUCGAGCUCAUUAUCCGAAAUCGAAUUGAUCGGAUUUGAUCAUUUUGUGAGUUUCGUCAAACGGAAGAGAAAGAUGGUUGUGAGGCUGCGAUUAUCGAGACUCGGAUGCAAGAACCGACCCUUCUUUAGGGUAAUGGCGGCGGAUAGCAGAUCUCCGAGAGACGGGAAGCACAUCGAGGUCUUGGGUUACUUCAAUCCUUUGCCAGGGCAGGACGGUGGUAAGAGAAUGGGUCUCAAGUUCGAUCGAAUCAAGUACUGGUUAUCUGUUGGUGCCCAGGCAUCAGACCCGGUUCAGCGUCUCCUUUUCAGAUCCGGUUUACUUCCUCCUCCUCCAAUGGUGGCUAUGGGACGUAAAGGUGGAGAACGAGACACUCGCCCUGUUGAUCCAAUGACUGGUCGCUUUGUCGACGCUGAGAAGAAACCACCCGUUAUAGAUAAUCAGCCCAAGGAAGAAGACAAGAGUCCAUGAUUCCUUAGACUUAAGGAAGAAGAAGAAGAAGAUGCAGAAGACGAGAGAGUUCGUUCGUGAACUAAUGGCGUUAGCCUUUUGUCUUUGUAGCUUCGAAAAUUCAGUUUGGUACUUUCUAGUUGAUCUUGGUUCUAUUUUAUUCCUUUGCAAAAAUUCACUAUGUUUGAUGUGUUUAAACGGAAAGGCGUGUUGAGGUCUUGAGGGACUCAGGUUAUAAGUUUUGAGGUUUAUGA